ACCUAUCUCAACCUGUAUGCCACUUAUCUAUCCUUUAUAUUUUUCCUUUUUUCAUCUGCAUAAUUUUUUAUUAUCGUUUUAGCGCGCAUUUUGUACGCGAUUACAUUUGGUAUUGUCUUAUUAAUGAUUGCUUUCAUAUACACAUGCGCAUGUAACAUUUCUUUUUACAUAUUAGAAGAUUUUUAAAAUAAAACGUCUUCUAUUUUUUAAGUAAAAAAACAUAACACUAGAGUUAACUUAAAAAAGUUGUAUUUAUAUUAACGAAACGACACCUUAAUUUAAACUUUCUAUUAUGUUAUAUACUUGGACAAGAUUUCGCACGUGGGUACUUAUAGUGACGUUUUAACCGCUGCGUGCUUUCUAGUUUGCCGACUACAGAGAAUCAAAAAGGGAAAAUGAGUGAUGAGAGCAGCAAUAGUGAUUUUGAUGAUGAUGAUGAUCCAGAUAAAAUUCAAGUUCCAGGGGGUGGAAAAGAUCUUGCAACUGCAGUUCGAAUCACCAUUCAAAAAGAUGAACAUUUUAUUAAAACAGCUUCUUGUAAUAAUCUCUUAAAAAGUAAUAAAGGUUUUGAGCAAUCUCAUGGAACAAAUAUAUCUAAUGAUAUAUUUGAAACAAGUACAACCUCUAGUCACAAUAUAAUUCAACAUGUUGGUAGUUCUCAAGAAAUUCCAAAUAGUUUAAUAAAUUUAAAUAAUCAAAUAAAUCAAAUGAAUACACUUAGAGGUGGACUGGGAUCAGUUGGUGGUAAUUUUGGAUUUCCAUCUGGGUUUACAGAUCUAAAUACAUCUAAUAUUUUACAAAGCAUGGAUAUAAAUAAAUUUAUGGGAAAUUUCAUAGGAAUGACUGGAUUUAAUAUGAAUAUUAAUCCUUUUAUGCAAUUUUUAAAUCAAACUGAUAUUAAUCCAAACUGGAUGUCAGGUCUUACUGGUAAAAGUAUAUCAACAAUGUGGAUGAAUUCUGAUUCUAAUAAAAUGAACAUGCAAUCCAUUAUUCCUGAAGAAGAAGAUGCAGAUGAUGAAGAAAUGGGAGUUGCUGAAACUUAUGCAGAUUAUAUGCCCACCAAAUUAAAACUUGGUCGUAAACAUCCUGAUCCUGUAGUAGAAACUGCAUCUUUAUCAAGUGUAGAACCCACAGAUGUUUGGUAUCAAAUUUCAAUUCCUAAAGAAACUAUACAAUCGGGUGCUUUGUCUGCAUUACAACUUGAAUCUGUUACUUAUGCUUCACAACAACACGAACAUCUUUUACCUGAUGGCUCUCGAGCUGGAUUUCUUAUUGGUGAUGGUGCUGGUGUUGGUAAGGGUCGCACUAUUGCAGGAAUUAUUUUUGAAAAUUAUUUAAAGGGUAGAAAACGUGCUGUGUGGGUUUCUGUUUCUAAUGAUUUAAAGUAUGAUGCUGAGCGUGAUCUUAGGGAUAUCGGAGCAUCUAGUAUAGAGGUUCAUCAACUUAAUAAAUUUAAGUAUGCAAAAAUCUCAUCAGGCAUAAAUAAUAAUAUAAAAAAGGGUGUCAUAUUCAGCACUUAUUCUGCUUUAAUUGGAGAAUCAUCUCAAAAUUGUGGAAAAUAUAAGAGUCGGUUAAAGCAGCUUUUACAAUGGUGUGGUGAUGAUUUUGAUGGUCUUAUUAUUUUUGAUGAGUGUCAUCGAGCAAAAAACCUUUGUCCCACUGGUAGUUCAAAACCGACUAAAACUGGUUUAACAGUUUUAGAAUUACAAAAUAAAUUACCAAAAGCACGAGUUGUAUAUGCUAGUGCAACUGGUGCUUCAGAACCUCGAAAUAUGGCAUAUAUGGUGCGACUUGGCAUAUGGGGUGAAGGAACACCAUUUCCAGAAUUUAUUGACUUCAUUACAGCAGUGGAAAAGAGAGGCGUUGGUGCAAUGGAAAUUGUGGCUAUGGAUAUGAAACUUCGUGGAAUGUAUAUUGCACGACAACUUAGUUUUCAUGGUGUCGCAUUUAAAAUUGAGGAAGUUCCUCUUUCAGAAGAAUUUACAAAAGUAUAUAACCAUGCCGUUAGACUGUGGGUAGAGGCAAUGCAGCGUUUCCAAGAAGCCGCAGAGCUUAUAGAUGCAGAAAAUCGUAUGAAAAAAACAAUGUGGGGUCAAUUUUGGUCGUCGCAUCAACGCUUUUUUAAGUAUCUUUGUAUUGCUGCGAAAGUAAAGUAUGCAGUUAGCGUAGCCCAUGAAGCAGUAAAGUGUGGUAAAUGCGUUGUAAUAGGCCUUCAAUCGACUGGUGAGGCACGUACGCUUGAGCAAUUGGAACGUGAUGAUGGCGAACUUAGCGACUUUGUAUCUACUGCAAAGGGAGUUUUGCAAUCAUUAGUGGAAAAGCACUUCCCUGCGCCUGAUAGAAAUCACAUUAAUAGAGUACUUGGCUUAGACUUACCACAGCCAAAUAUCUCUGAUGAACAAGAAAAAAACAAUAUGGUUAGUAGUUCUUUAAAUAGCAAGAAGCGAAAACUUAUUCGUCAAGCAGCCCGAAGAGUUUCUAAGCGAGUACGUGCGUGGUCUUCUGAAGAAGAAAUUUCGGAAGAAGAGAAAAACGGAGAGCAUAGCUCUAGUUCAGAAUUUAAAAUAAGUGGUUCAGAAAGCGAGGAAGAAAUACGAUCUGAUGGAGAUAUAAGUAACUUAAGCUCAGAUUAUAAUCCAUUUGACAGUGAUAGUGAUUCUGAUGUGGAUCCAUGGGAUAGAAGAAAGAAAAAAGGUGUGAGAAAACAAAAAUCCGUUAAGAAACGUCUUAGUACACAAGAUAAAAUACAGUCAAUGUUAGCAUGUAAAACAUUAAUUAAUAUUCAGAAUAAACAACGCAAUGGUACACCUGUGAAGGCAACAGCAACGUUACCACUGAUGACGACAGCAAUUUCUGGAAGAGUUAAGCCAAACUCAGGUGCACGAAGCCACACACCAUCGAGAAUUGCAAUCGAACGUGCUUGUUGUAUGAAAGACGAAUUACUUGUUAAAAUUGAAAAAUUGGGUGAAAAGCUACCACCUAAUACAUUAGAUCAAUUAAUAGAUGAAUUAGGUGGACCUGAAAAUGUAGCUGAAAUGACUGGCCGUAAGGGUCGAAUCGUGCAAACAGACGAAGGGUCAAUUCAGUACGAAUCCAGAUCCGAAACUGACGUACCGCUGGAAACUCUGAAUCUUACCGAAAAACAAAGAUUCAUGGAUGGUGAGAAAACUGUUGCAAUAAUUUCUGAAGCAGCAAGCAGUGGUAUAUCAUUACAAAGUGAUCGACGAGCUAAAAACCAAAUGCGUCGUGUUCAUAUAACAUUAGAAUUACCUUGGAGCGCUGAUCGAGCAAUUCAACAGUUUGGCAGGACGCAUCGCUCAAAUCAAGUUAAUGCACCAGAAUACAUUUUUCUAAUUUCGGAUUUAGCAGGUGAAAGAAGAUUUGCUUCAAUUGUUGCCAAGAGACUCGAAAGUCUUGGUGCUCUUACACAUGGCGAUCGACGUGCUACCGAAACACGUGAUCUCUCCCAAUUCAAUAUUGACAAUAAAUACGGUCGUGCAGCCCUCGAAGCUACAAUGAAGACUAUAAUGGGGUAUGAAAAACCACUUGUACCGCCACCACAGGAUUAUAUUGGUGAUUUUUUCAAAGAUGUAGCAGAUGCAUUAGUAGGCGUUGGAAUAAUUUGCAAUAGCGAAAGUACGCCUGGAAUUCUAUCGCUUGACAAGGAUUAUAAUAAUAUUUCAAAAUUUUUAAACCGUAUCCUUGGAAUGCCCGUCGAUCUUCAAAAUCGUCUUUUUAAGUACUUUACUGAUACACUUCAUGAUAUUAUUUUCCAAGCAAAAAGAACAGGUCGUUUUGAUAUGGGUAUACUUGACCUCGGUGCAUCAGGCGAAAGUGUUCGUCGCACAAGACUUUUCCGCUUUCUUCGUAAACAUGCAACAGGUACUGCACCUACAGAAUUGCAUGUUGUACAAGUAGAACGCGGUAUGACUUGGUCAGAAGCAUCAGAACGUUGGGCUGAAUUAACAGAUGUACGUGAAGGUUUUUACUUAAGUCACCAAAUUCGUAACGGUAAACAAACUGCUAUAUUAGCAGUAGCCGUUCAUUCAACUGGAAAAAAAAAAUCUGAAAGAAAAAAGGAUCAACUUUAUAUGCUUUAUAGACCAAAUACAGGAUUACAACUGCGUCAAGAAACAAUAGUUGAACUAGAAAAAAAAUAUAAAAAAGUUUCUUUAGAAGAUGCCGAAAUACACUGGAUGCAACAAUACGAAGCAUCUGUAAAUACAUGCUCUCAUGCUUACUGGCGUGGAAAUUGUAAGAAUGUAAACUUAAAUAUGGAUUGUGAAGUUGGUUUGAGACGUAGAUCAUAUAAUGUACUUGCUGGAUCUGUUCUUAGUGUGUGGAGUCGGGUUGAAAGCAUUUUAGCCACACGAAUUGGUCACAACUCAAAAAUGCAAGUUGUAAGGUUACGUACUGAUGACAGUUUUAAAAUUGUUGGUACUCUAAUUCCAAAAUCUUGUAUGGAAUCGCUAUGUAAAGCUUUAGCUACUGAUGCCGAACGAGUGGAAGAUCAAUCAUUUUAAAAUAGUUUUAAAUAAAUAACUGUUAUAAUAAUUCAUGCAGACUAAUUUGGACGUAAUUAUGUUUCUUAUAUUAAAAGUGGUACAGAAAAAUCUGUAAAAGUAUGUAAAAUUUGCAACUAUAUUAGUGUAUAUCAUAAGCUAAUUUUACAUUAAAACAAUAUUGAAGGAAGUUAUGCAUCUACUUUUGAAAAGAACUU